AAUAUGAGGGUAGGUGAGAGGGGUAAACGUUGAUAUUUCGUAAAAACUGCAAAAUUACAUGAUACUGUUAGCUUAGUUCAAGUGGCCAUUUUACAUUUCAGGGUAAAAAAUUACAAGAACUGAUUGAUUCAGGUGCUGGGCUGAGCGUAUAUAUAACACCUUCUGAGUCUACCUAUCUGCGCUGUUAUUGUUUUAUGCGCCAUCUAGUGGUGAUAUUGUGGAGGUCGGAAUCACCCCGAUCUGUCAAAUUUCGAGCGGCUUUAAACACAACGUUUGACUCUUCUCUGUCACCCGGAACAACAACAGUCUGAAAAGUGACACGGAGUAUUUCAUGUUUAUCUGAACUAUUUUAAUUUAGGUUGUAGCGUUAGGUUUUUGUUUUUUUUUAAAGCAGGCUAUGUAAACAGUUGUAUGCCCUCUCUUACGUAUGCGUUUAGAGUGAACAGGACAUAACUUCAGUGCCUCUUAAAACUGUUCUCCAUGGGUUCCCCUGCUCGUCUGAGACCUUACAUGAAUGAUAAUGGACCAUUAAUCUUAGAUGGCGGACUAGCAACUGAACUGGAAGCGCAAGGAGCUCAUUUACAGGGUGAUCCUUUGUGGAGCGCCAGGCUUUUGCAUACUAAUCCCCAGGCCGUACGAGAUGCUCAUUACAGGUUUCUCCUCAGUGGGGCUGAUGUCAUCACAACAGCUACAUAUCAGGCCAGUGUUACAGGAUUCAUCAAUCACCUGGACCUAAGCUCUGAAGGCGCCAGAGAGCUGCUAAUGUCUGGAGUUCAACUGGCCAAAGAGACGGUAGAGAGAUUUGUCUCUGACAGUCGUCCAGCAGGGCAGAGAUGUCCCUUGGUGGCUGGCUCUGUUGGACCGUACGGGGCCUUUCUGCUCAACGGCUCCGAGUACACAGGGGCUUAUGCAGAGGAUAUGACUGUUGAAGAUCUUAAAGUUUGGCACCGGCCGCAGAUGGACUGCUUAGUAGCAGCAGGAGCUGAUCUCAUUGCUUUUGAGACAGUCCCAAGUAUCAAAGAGGCGGAGGCUCUGGUUGAGCUGCUCAGAGAGUUCCCCAACUCUAAAGCCUGGCUCGCCUUUUCUUGUAAGGAUGGGAAGUGUAUAUCAGAUGGCAGCCUGUUCACUGACGCAGUGCAGAUUGCUAAUAGAUCCCCGCAGCUGGUCGCUGUAGGAGUCAACUGCUGCUCGCCAGUGCUGGUGGCGCCGCUGCUGGACUCUGCCAGGUCACUGCUGAGCCCAGACAUGAGCUGGGUGGUGUACCCCAACAGUGGAGAGGAGUGGAACACUAAGCAGGGGUGGCUAACAUCAGAGAAAACAUCAGCAUUAAUACCUGAACUCAGCCGUACGUGGAUGAAGCAAGGUGCUGCUUUGAUAGGAGGAUGCUGCCGUAUCGGCCCCGCUCACAUAGCAGAGUUACGACAACAGUUAAAAGGAAGUUGCACUUCUCCAGCCUCUGCAGUGUGACUGAAAAUGUAACCGUUUGAUUGUUGUGAAGAAAGACGUCUGUUCCAGGAGUUUAUAAAAAUCUUAAUUUAUUGUAAAAUAAAUAAAUAAAGCACUACAUCAAAGGA